UUUUGUAAUAUGUGGGUAUUUUUUAAAAUUUUUUGGAAUUAAAAAAAAAUGAAAAUUUUGGAAGAUUUUUGAUUUUUUAAAGAAAAAAUAAAAUUUUAUUUUUAAUUUUAAUUUUAAAAUUAAUUUUAUAAAGUUUUUAGAGAAUUGUUUUAUAUUCAAUCAGUACCAAAUAAAAUUAAAUGUGUUAGUAACUCCAUUGAAAGUGCCACUAGCCUAGUGGUAAAAUACCUUGCCAUUAGUCCUAAUCAACCCCGAAUUCAAAUCCAGUGGUGUACUUCUUUUUAUUUUCAAAUCAUGUGAAAUGACGUCGUUUCAUCUCAUUUGAAAACGACGUCGUUUCGCUUAACGCCAACAUUUAACACCGUCUUAACUGUGAGUUCACGGUGUGCUAAAAUGGCCAGUCAAUCUUAAGUUGUUUAAUAAACUAAAAAAGUCAAUAAAAAUACAAUAUUUGUUUGACCAGACUCGAAUACAGAUUUUUUUGGCGAUUCGUGUAAAGUUCGUGUUUUUUUUGGCCGAAUUCUCAAUGAUUAUCUUAUUUUUAUCUUAAAAUUUUCAAGGAUACAGCCAUACAGGUUGUCUUCAUUUCUAAAAUCUACUUCAAAAUAUAUAGUUUAAUUACCUGUCUUUCCCUUUGUACCAUGAUGAGACCUUAUAACUUAAUUAAUUUACAAAUUAAUGCCACAACGAAUCAAGUGUAACUUAUGUUUUUCUUCUAUAUAUUCAUGUACAUCGGUUCAUAAUAAUAAGCCAGUUUCAAGAUUUAAUGACUUUAUAAAGUUAUCCACGUGUCGUAUGCCAGAUUAUUAUGAAUCUCUUGUAUAAGAUGACUAAGAUUUUGUUUCUAGUUACGUUAAAAAGGAUUCGUGAUUAGUUGAUAGGGUUUUCGUAUAUAUUCCCAUGUGUGGUUUAAGAUCGUGAACUAUGCAUAUCGUUACGUCUUACAUGGUUUCCAUUCUACAUUAUUGUUAUACUAUACAAUUUAUUUUACAUUUAUUUUGUUAUAUGGAUCCUAACAUUUUUAUUUUUUUCUUUUAUUUCUCAGAUUACAAAUUAAAGAUUUAGGCUGCCAAGUAAAUUGUUCGAAACUGGAUUUGGACCAUCUGGUGAAUAUAUUCUCAUUUAUAUGUAAUGAUGCAAUGUGUAUAUAAGCCUAAUAGAUCGUGUGUACGUAAAAUGGAAAGACCAUUCAUGUGAAAUGAAUUAUAUAAUGUUUACUAUUUGUUGUAUUCUAUUUUAUUUGCAGAAUAUAAAAUAUAAAUAUGAUUGUACAGUGCAUAAGCAUAAAUUAUGUUUUGUUGUUGUAUCGUUGCUAUCAAAACUAAGAAUUUAAAUCUCAAUUUUAUCAUUUUGUUAACCAGAUCCACAUAAGUGUAAACUUCACAUAAAUUUCGUUAACCACAGCUACAUUUGGGCCAUAAUCUUACAGUACUUCGGCCAUAUGGAAUAGAACAUUCAGUACAUAUAUAUGUGGUCAAUAGUAUAUAUUAUUUCAGAUUUUAAUCUUAUUCAAAAUAUUAUAACUAUAUUUUAUAGUUUACAUUUGGGUUUGAGUUUAGUGAUUAGAAUUUAGGGUUUAGUAUUUAGGAGUUGGGGUAAUGUUUAAUAUUUAGGAGUUGUGAAUGAAGUCAUAAUCCUAUACUAUUUCAUCCAUGUGGAAUAGAGCAUUUGAUGCGUAUGUAUAUGGUCAAUAGUAUAUACUAUUUCAUAUUUUAAUUUUAUUCAAAAUAUUAUAACUAUAUAUUAUAGUUUACGUUUUUGGGUUUAGUUAUUGGAGUUUAGGAUUUAGUAUAUAGGAGUUGUGGUAAUGUUUAAUAUUUAGGAGUUGCGUAUGGAGUUAUAAUCCUAUACUACUUUGACCAUGUGGAAUAAAACAUUCAGUGCAUGUGUAUGUACUCAAUAAACAUGUGACAUGGAUGAUUCUUUCUUUUUCGUGUAAAAUAGUUUCUAGAUACAUUUAACCAUAUAUUUAUUGGUGACGUGGAUAUAUAGACCAUAUUUUUACCGGGUAAUGACAAAGAAAAAGGUAUAACCGGAUAAAUUAGAAUGUAAAUGUAAGUUUUUUUAUUAUAUCAAAAUCAUUGUUAUUUACCUGAUUUAUCUUCAAAAUAUGGUUAGUACACAAAUAAGCCCUUUCAUUAACCCUAAAAGUAGUCUAAGAAAAAGAAAAAAAGAAAAAAGAAACAAGUCUAAGACGACAGAUCAAACUAUUCACAAAUGUUGCUAUAUAUAUAUAUAUUAAACAUUUUUUUUUAUAUAUAUUAAACAUUACGAUAAUAUUUUAUAACAAAAAAACAAUACGAUCAUAUUUAAAACAUAUUGAACGUGAUACACGAUUCAAACGGCAACAUAUUGAAACUUACAUAUAUUAUAUGUAUAUACAUACACCCAUAAUUUGCAACUAUUCUGGAAUCUGAAACCAGAAUCUCCUAAUUCAUUGUACCACUCGGUAGAUGGGAGUCUAUCUGCAUGUUAAAUUAUCCUAAAGAGCAACAACUAACAAACUAAAAAGGUAUUAAAGAAGAGAUAUUUUCCUCACGUUAAAUUCUUUUAAAGUAACAAGUAACAACUAAGAAAUUAUUAAAGAAAACAUAUAUUAGCCUCACGUUAAAUUCUUUUAAUAUAAAACUAACAAGUAACAAAACCUCUGUUUUUGUAUUCUACCUGAUCUUUGCUCUGUUUCAACCUCGUAACCUUGCUCCACCGUACCGGGGUGUAUGGUUUCUGAUUCCCUUCGGGGUUGGUAUUUUAAUGCAAAAAAAAAUACUGAGAAAUUAUUAAAGAACAUAUAUUUUCCUCUCUUUUCAGUGUUUUCACCCCACUCUCCAGAUUCUCCACCAUUAAAGUUUAUCGCGUGUAUAUAUAUAAGAGGCCAAAGAGCUUUCAUACACAAGCUCAAGUUAUAUAGAUUGAUAGAAAUAUAUACUCUUACUAAUACCAACUUAUAUCUUUGGUAAAUACACUAUUUCACAUAACAUAAUAAUGUUAUAAAAAGAACAAUUUGUGUCUUUGUUCUGAGUUCGUUGGCUUGCUUACAUACAAAGUACUGAUGGGAAUAACUGGGAUCGCCAAAGUACCAAUGCUGCUGUUAAGGAGUUGGAGGCAAGUUCAAGGACUUGCAGGGAUAAGCAGCAAAGCUGCAAAACAAAAGCCUAUGUUCAUCGACUACUCUGAGGAUAUUUCCGAUCAUAGUGUAGAGAUCAACUGUGGUGGCGAAGUGGAGUGGGUCCCACACCCACGUACCGGAAUUUUCUUUCCGCCGGGACAAGAGUCGGUGAUGGAUGGUGUCCCUGACGAUGCUGCUUCUUUUGACAUGACGUUUUGGCUUAGGGACGUCGACGGUGUGGACAAACCUGAUCCUGACCAUCAUUUUCCUAAAUGAAACAAAAAAAAAGUAUAACAAUAACUGAGUGACUUAAUAACCAUAUAAAGACUAUAUAUGUAGCUAUAGCAAAAUAAUCCCGAGGAAUAGUGUGUAACACACGUUUGAUUAUGACAAUCUUCAUAUAAUGUAUGCUGGUUCAAUAGCAAUACUUAAAUUAAUUAAUAUAUCCGUUGUGAUCAUCAUUUUAAGUGCUAAUUUAUGCAACAACUAAUUUUUGCAGAAGUUCCAUAGAUGUUCUCUGAUAUUUCGUAUAUUCUCUCACCUGAGGUUGAGAGAUUCUUUACACAAAUUAUAACAAGGUGUCUUAACAAGGUGUCUUAACAAGGCUUCUUAUUUGCUUUUAAAAAAAGGCUUCUUAUUUCUUCUUUAGUUUAGGAUUUAAAACAAGCAAAAAAAUUUGUCGUUAUAUUUUUCUUACAAAAAAUACGUGAAGCAGUAAUCAAUUUACUAGGGUGUGCUCACUUUAUACGGGAGAGAAGAAGGAAAGAGGAAGGAGCAUAUACACAAAUCCUUCCUCCUUCUUCUCUUGCGACCCUAAACUGAUUUGAGUUCCGUUCCGGCAGCGCGCGUCCAGCGUCAGAGGCUUUUUUUCUUUGUUUUUACAUGCGUUGCCAGACAUCGGAGGCUUUCCUUCAUUGUUUUUCGGUUAUGUUAUUUGCUUUUCUUCCGGUCUAUUAUCUUUUUGUCGAAAUGUUUUCAGAUAUGGGUUAGAGUUUAGCUUCGGAGAUAGCCUCGCUCAAGAGAGGUUUCAUCACCAGUGGGUUCUCGCCUCUCUCUGGAUCUGCAAAGAGGCUGUGGACUUUGUAGCUCGUGGGUGGAGUUGGCUUUUACGGUUCAGGGAGUUGUUCAGUGUUCCAUCUUGACCUCUCCUGGUCUCCACCGUGAGCUCCGAGAAGUGAAAAUUAGUCAUCCUUUAGUAUUGGUGAAUCGGCUUUGCCGGUCUUUGGAUGGUUCUAGCGGCUAUGGUGUCUGGGUUCUAGGGUCUCUCCGGUGUUGGUGAUAUCCAGCUCCCGCUCUUCCAUAUUCAGGCGUGCUCCGGAGGGUCAGUUUACCUCAGAGGUGGAUCUUGGAAGAAUUAUUCUAAAUCAAAGCCUGAACCAACUCUUUUUGACCGUGGAAAGGUAACAAUACCGGCAUGACCCGUUAUGUGCAUUUCUCGAACUUUUUCAGUUGUUUUUAUCAUUUCACUAUGUUAUACAAUGAUUAAAUUAAUUUUGAAGUAUAUUGAUAGGACUACAUGAAGCAUCAGACCAGAUUCAUCUCAAACAAGCCAGCAAACGUAGUUCUUUCAAGCAUGGAAGUUGUGUUACAGUCCAUGGGGGCUUUAAGAAGCACAUUCAAAAUUAUAAAGUAAGAUAUUAAAGUAACCGAUACAAACCAAUAUAUAUAUAGAAGGUAACAAAUGCACAAAGUCAUAUAAUGAUUAUAAAAGUAUCACUAAAUGACCAUAAAACAUUACAAUAUAACAAAAAUAACAUAGCAAUCAAUCUAAACUAUUAAAACAGGAGUACAAAUAGUACUUAGACCUGACUUUUUCUCAAAAAUUACAAAGGAAUGCCACUGGUUAUACACAGUCAUUUAAUAAAGUUAAUAAACCAUCUAAUUAAAUUUGUCCCGUCUUGCCUGAGAUAACUCGAAACAAAACUGACCGAACCCAAUCUUGCGUGUUUCCAUACCUAGAGCAAUGACAAUUAACUGCACAAAAUCAAAUUCAUAUUUUCCUAAACCAAAAACAACCAAAACUGUUUCCUAUUUCAACAUAGUUAUCAUAACACAGAAGGAUAUCAAUUAACUAACAAAAUCUCAAUAUUCUGUUAUCUAAACUUGCAAAUCACAUUUUGCUAAUCUUUAAAACGAAUAUUCUGGUUAUUACGAUGAUUUAAUAUAAAAAGAAUGUUUAAUAUGUAAUUCAAAACUAUAUAUUCUCUUUUCAAUUCGUUCCAAUCACAACUAACAAAAUAUUUUCUAUAACUCUCUUAUUUUACCUACUAUUACUGAAGCCAACUAUAUAUACCUCAUCUCUAUUGCAUCAAAAGAAAAGUAUUGAACAAAUCUUCAGCCUAAACAUGUCUUUAACGACAACUUUUACUUCUCACAAAAGUCAGACCUUUUAUAAACUCAUGGAAGCAACACACAUCUUUGGUGGAGAUACCUUCGAGAUGGUUUUAGCCGACCAAAUGGUAGCUUUCUUUCUGAACGUUUGUUAACUUGAACUGCUUACUUUCUUAUACUGUUAGGGUAACAAGAUCCAUGAUAAAUAAGCCUAUAAUAAGAUUAUUUUCUUUAGUUUUAGACAAAGAUAUUUAUUCUAAAAAGGUCAUUUGAAUCUAUUUUAUUUUAAAUUUUGGUCUUAUAUACGACUAUCAUUAACAUGUACCUAGAAAUGCAUCACUUAGUCAAGAUGAAACCAAACAUAUAUAGUUAAGGAAAUUUUUUUUCAAUCUUCUAACUUAUUCUAAAUCGUUCUACAUUGAUAUCAUCAUAUGUAUUAGGUAAGAUAAAUAAGUAAUUACUAACCGUGUUCUGUUUCUAUUGCGGGCGCACGGGUCAUAAUCCUGUAUAUUUUUUUAAUUUAUAUUCCAAAUUUUUACAAUUUACAAAUCAUUCAUAUAAACACAAACAACUAAAUGAAUUUAAUAAAGGAACAUUUAAGAUUACAACGUAUAAAAAGUAAGAAUGUUAUGUGUAGACAUGUCAUAUAAAACCGAUAUGUAAUAUAGUAAAUAUUAUAUAUUUGUUGUAUUAAAAUAUAUAUAAUUUAGCUAUUUUUAUAAAAAUGACACCCGCGCGGGCGCGCGGGUCAAAGGCUAGUACAAACAUUAAAAGAUAAGCAUAAGAAUGUGUUUGGCAUUGUUAUUGAUUUGAUUGGCUUGGUGCAAUUUUAAAUUUUUUUGUAUUUUCUUAUAUUUUUUCGGAUUAGGUUCGGUUUAGAUAUUAAAGCAUGAAUAUUUUCUCUAAACCUAGGUACAAGGUAGCUAAUAAUUCGCAUAUGCAUCUUGGUUGUUAAAAUAUAAAACGAAUCAAAACUUACGUGACAAAUAAAUUUUUCUUCAUAAAAUAAAUCUCACACACAAUAUAUCCAAAAAGUCAUAAAUUUAUAAUUUAAAAAAAAUUCUAUUUUUCUAAUGUUUACAUAAAUUUAAAUACCAAGCAAACCCCGUGCAACACACGGGCCAUAUCUAAUUUAUAUGAUACAUUGACUGAAUAUAAUUUGGUUUAUCUAAAGUUUUUAUAUGUUUUUGUUGUUAAUUCGUAAGAACAAAAUAUAUUUUUUCUAAACAAAUUUAAAUUAAUGAUAGUGGCUCUUGAGACAUACAAAGAAAAUGGCUUUGGGACAUACACAACUUUGAAACAUCUGAUUGCUAAUUAGAUGCAAUUAGAUGGAAGGGGAAUAUAAGAACCUUUCAAAAAAUUUAUUCAUCUUCUCAUCAAACUAUGGGAUCAUGGGUGGGACAUGGCCAUAUAGACCAGAGAGGCUGCAAUCUAAUACAACUUAAUUUUGUCUACGUCUCAAGAAAUUGUCGUUUCUCAGUUUUUUUGAUCCAAACAUAACAACAAGUAACUUCUUUUCUUUUACUUUCAGAUAUUCGUUUUAUAUUUUUUGUUGUGGGGUUUUGUCGUUGAUUAAGUUAGAAACCUAAGGACUUACUGAUUAGCAGGGGUCGAUGCUAUGCAGGAAGUUUAUUGGUUUAAUAAGAUCAUCUCUAACCCAUAUCUACUUUCAUCUCUAUAGAAGUGGAUUUGCUCUAAUGAAUGUCUCUGUAAUAGAAUUUUUCUAUUUAUAAGAAAAAAUAUAAAGAUAUGUUAUUUUCACCUCUAAAUAUAGAGACAAAAAAACAAUUUUCCUCUAUAUUUACCUCUAAAAUAAAGGAACUCUAUUAUAGGUAUACAUUGGAGCAAUUCCACCUCUAUAAUAGAGAUCUUUAUUUUAGAAGAAAACAUAGAGACAUACAUUGAUGAUGCUCUAAUUACCAGUUUACCACAAACACUAAGCAAUAACUGUUUUGUUCAUACUUCAUUUUUAGUUUUUACUUUACAUGGCUUAAUGAAAUCCUAUAAAUAUUUUUAAAUUGUUAAUACAUAAAAUAAUAAAUAUGAAGAGCUACUUUUCAAAUUUUAAGUUUAGUUCACUAUUGACAACAAAAAAAAUUAGUUCACUGAAUUUUUAAAAGAAAAAGGCAAAAACGUUAAUCACCCAUAAAAUUACAUUAAUGAAACGGGCCGGCCUUAGGAUAUUUUGGGCAUUUGGUUUUCAAAUUAAAAAUUGAAAGUAUAUAAUUCAACAUAACGGAUUAAAAUGAAUCAUUGUAAAGAGAUGCCCAAGAGGAAGAAGAUAUAGCCGUUUAGAGAGAGAGAGAGAGAUUGAUCUUGGCUUGAACGAAAAAAUUAAGAUCUGUCAUGGAUGAAGAAUCCGAUUUGCUGAUGUUUAAUGGUUUCUUUGAGAAAAGCAGAGCAAAGACUUAGUUUAGUGUUCUUCGCGAAUGGGUUCUUCUCAGAGGAAUGCAUAUAUUGACAUAUACAUACAUUCAUAUGCAUACAUUCAUAUGCACACAUACAUACAUACAUUCAUAUGCACACAUACAUUCAUAUGCAUACAUACAUACAUACAUACAUUGUAAGAGCUCACAACAAGAUCAGUGGUUAUUGCGACUUCUAAUUGCGGUAGUCAUGGCAGAUCAAGGUCAGAUGUUUGUGAAAGAGACAUCUUUUGACAACUGUACUACUGGGUGUGAUGACUCCACUAUCAAGUCUUCUCAUGAGAAAGCAGCAUAUGGGGCUUCAUCUAGAUCAAGCUGUUCACCUUGUAGAAGGUUUGGAAUUAGAUAAAUUGAACGAGAAGUUUUUACCAAUUAAAGACACUCAUCAGGCUGCAAAUUGUGAUGAUCCACCUAUCUGAGGAUAUAUCCUGGUCUGUGUUCCAUAACAGCCUCUCAACAGGCAAUUCACCUUUUCAGGCAACACUACCCUCUAAACUUUUUCCCUUACGAUCUCUAUUAUUUACCCUUUAUAUGUACUUUCAAUAGUUCUUGAGCCCAAACGGGUUCCAAUAACAGUCUUACUUACCGCUUCCAUAGUAGGAUGCUCCUGGGGAUAAACUACAUCUCCCUCAGAUCAAAUCAGGAACUAACAUUAGAAACACUCCUACAUAGUCACAGACUAGUUUCUGAAAAUAACAGGUCCAUCUUGGAUGGAACUCUAAAAUGGCAGAGACACAACGAGAGUCCUUCAGCAGGAAACAUGUUUGGCCUCAAAAGAUGCCAGGCCCUUUGAUUUGCUAAAAAAAGAAGCUCAUGUUAAGAUUAGAUACACUCGGAAUCCAUAUUCUAAAGACUUAUGAAGAGGAAUGGUCUUAUAUCCCAGUCGGUGGGUCCUUGCCAAACACUGAACAAAAGAAUCUCGCCGUUGGUCUGCAGCUAUUGAAGGAACCCUUUCCACUGCAGAAUUCUAGUGAAAAGAGUUAUUUUUUGCUCUUUGUGAUGAACAUAGUGGUAUACGUUUCAUGAGGUGAAAAGCAAACGGGAGACAAAGAAAGAGAAUUUAAUCCAAAAAGCUCAAGACAUGGGGAAGGAAUGGACGGAGGAACUUAGCUUCAAACUACACUGAUGCCAAUAAUGGAAGAAGUGCAGCUUUUAAAAGGCAGAGUGGAGCUAAUCACAUAAUAAGAAGUCUUAGAAAUGCUUCGCCUGCUCCUAUCAAAGCAACAAUCGACACAAUACCUUGUUCCAUAAAGGAGUCUAACCCUGUAAUUCCCCCAAGUGGAGUUAGAAACCGAAAUAUUACAGAAGAACACACUCCCUUCAAGUCUACAUCUUCGUCUGAUGAUCUUACUGAGCUGAAGAAGUCUAAAGCAACUGAAAAUGAACCUUAUCAGUUUUUUUUGUGCGAAUCAAUAUCCAAGAAAGAAAUUGCAGUGAAGAAGAGCGCAAAUUUAUUUGCAGUUUGGAUGCAGCUAAUAUUGUUUUGAAUAAACCUCAUGGUAUGGCUGUUCAAGGAGGAACUGGGGUCAAAGCCAUUAUUGAUGGGGUCAAAGCCAUUAUUGAUGAACUAUAUGCUACCACUUGCUUGACUUUUGAUAAAUCAGAAUCUCCUCGGCUGGUGCACAGACUUGACAGAGACUGUAGUGGACUUUUGGUGUUGGGAAGAACACAAACGGCUGCAACGCCUUUUCAUUGUAUAUUCCUCGAGAAAACAACUGGUUAGUGUCGCAUAUGUAAGACCUCUCCUUAAAGGGGAAAAAUUUCAGCAUGCUAUCACUGAAUACCGAGUGAUUGAAUUUUCACCACUUGGUAUGCUUCGUCGUCCCUCAAUGAACAGGGACUACAUUGAGUGACGGCUUGUCAUAGGUGAAGAACCUGUGAUGGGUCAAUGAACAGGGACUACACCGUCCUCUUUCCUUUGGUGUCUCAAGGAGUCUUGGUAUCUUCUCUCAGUUUCUGUUGCAGUGAAUUCAAGUCCCAUCUCAGAAUUAUAGUUGGACCAAUCAAAUUUAUUUUCAAUUUCAUAGUUCACAGAAAUGCGAAAGUGAGAGAAUAAACUUCAAAUGUAAUGGUUAUUAGAAGUAUCAGAGUCAAAAUUCCUCUGGAAAUCAGCGCAGAAGAAAGUCGUAAAAUCAUUACAGAUUCUGUCAAGAGAUUGAAUUUAUAACUUAGCUCUUGAGGAGGUGUGUGACGUGUGUCUCGUAUCUUAGCUCGAAAGUUGUGAGCAUAACAGAAGCUCCUGAUGGCCUUAGGUUUAUUUCCUGUGAAGAAAAGCACCAUUGUUCCGUGCAGCUCUUGCAGUACGAAGUUGGAAGACGUAGAGUGUCCCUGUUCAAGCUGCAUAUGGCGUAGAGGUGGAGGUAUAGUAUGAAUCUUUUGAGACUGUUCUGUUUGAAAAAUUCAAGUGGAAGACAGUCCGUAAGAUCCAGAGCAGAUGGUUUGCAUGAAUUACGGAGAGUAUGCGAACCAGAAAGUUAGGAGCUUAGAAGCUGAGUAUCCAACGUUUAUGUACGCCAUGCCUAUGACAAAGACAAAAGUGUUCUUUGAGGAGACAUGUCUAGCCUCAAAAGAUGUCAUCAUGCCCAUUGAUUUGCUAAAAACGAAGCUCAUGUUAAGAGGUAAAUCUAUAAAAGGCAAAAAAGUAAAGCUUGACUUUGUUGAACAACAAUGAAAAACUUCUGUUGGUUGGCUUUGUUAAUUACAUGAAUGGUCUUAUAUCCCAGUCGGUGGUUCCUUGCCAAAAGAAUCUUGCCUUAGUGAUUUGUUGCUUCCUUGAUUUUUAUGUUUAGAUCAUUGCUUGCUCUACUUCUUUUUUUUUUGGGGUAAAAAUCCUUUUCUAUUUCUCCUUAUUUGCUUUGUUUGCUUCUUUAGUCGCUUCUUUUCAAUGCUUACUUUCUUUGGUUUUUUUUUUUGCUUCCUUUGUUCUUGAACUAAUUUUUAUAUACGGCUCCCGAAUUAUUAAUUAUUAAUUUAUCUUUUUUUUAAAUAUAAAUUUGUUUUUGAUUUAUCAUUACUAUCGUACAAUAUGUAAGUUUAGUUUAUAUGUAUGAAAAUUACGUUUUAUAACUCUAAUAUGUAAGUUUAGUUUAUAUGUAUGCAAAUUACGUUUCAAUUUAAUAUUUUAUUUUCAAUUUAAAUAUUUUUAUAAUUUAUAUGUAUAUUUUAUAUUAAUAAUAUUUUAUUUUUGAAUUAGAAAUGUGAUUUUGUAUAUGUAAUAAUAUCUAGUAGGUUUAGUUACCACUUGAGUAUAUUAGAUUACAUCUACUUCUUUGAAUUCAACCAUAAUAUUUUGUUUCUUUAAAUAUAUUAAUAUUUUGAUAUUUUUUUAAUUUUACAUUUAGGUUGGUUGUUCAGAGUAAAUAUAUAAAUAUAUUUUUGUGAGAUUUGGUAUAACAUAAUGUAUUUUAUUUUGAGAAUCAAAUAGACAAAAUAAACUAAAUUGUGGAUUGAUUAAAAAUUAGAUAAAAGAAUAUAAAGAUAAAAUUUAUUUAUGAUUAAAUUUAUUCGUCAAGCAAUUGAAAACAAUCCAAAAAUUAUUUAUUAUUUUUAUAUCAUAAACAAAAAAAACAGCAUGAUUAUUAUAGACAAGGAUUAAUAUAUAUAGUUAUAUUACUACCACUGUAUAUAUGUAAGUAAUUACUUCUAAUCAGAAUCAGAAUAUUUAUAUCUAAAAUUAAUGAUAAAAUAUAAUAGAUGCUUAAUAUAUAAUAAGUAAACUAAUAUAAUAAAAUCGAAAUUUUGAAGGUUAUAAUUUAUUUAUCUUAAAUUCAUAAUUGUUUCGGAUAACAUGAUGCUUGGUUUUCAAAUAUAAUAAAAUUUAAUAAUUCAAAUAUACAUGUAUAUUUGUAAUUAGUAACAAUCAAUAGACCUUUCCAUGUUACACAAAUAGUUAAAAGUAAAUUUAGUCAUAAUAAAUCGGCUAUUUUCUAUAUCAUCAAUUUUAAAACAUCUAAGAAAAAAAAGAGAAAUAACCAAUGUUUUCUGUAUUAACCCUAAUAAAACUAUUCUAUUUAUUAUCCAAGUAGGAAAAAUAUUAAAAAUUAAGUAAAACAAUUAUAUAUUCCAAUUUUAUUAGUGAAACAAAUAUAUGAUAUAUAAGGAAUAUAAUAAAACAAAUAGUGCAGUAUGAGUCUGUAUAAGUUGAUGACAAAAAAAACAAAUAGUAAAAAUGUUGCAAAAAAUUAGUGAAAGGUAAUCUUACUUAUAAUUUAAAAUAAAUUAAAAUUUUCAAGUUUUACUAAAUAAUAUAUAGUAAAAUAUAUAUGAUUUGUAAAAAAAUCGCCAUCUACUAUUACAAACAAAAAUACUUUCGUAAUAUAUCAAGUUAUCUAAUGUUAUUAUUUUAAGAAAAUAGUUUUUAAAAAAAAAUCUUCGUAGUAAAACAAAAAAAAAUUAUAAUUUUAGUACCAAUAUAUAAAUAAAAAUAUAUAAGACUACACAAUAUGAACAUGAUACUAAUAUAAAAAUCUGACAAGAAACAUA